CUCCAUCACCUUGAAUCUUGUUCGUAUCAAGACCAAAGGUUCUGCCGAUCCAUAUUUGAACUUCGCGUCUUUCAUUAUCUCCCGUUUCUCAGUACUUCAUCGUCGUCCGUUCACAAUGUUCGCCAUUCGCAAAUGCCAGCUCACGCACUACGGAAUCGGCAUCGAGUCUGAUGCCCCCCCUCCCCCCAGCCCGUCAAGAAAGUAUGCGCAGCUCGCAAACCUGCAGCUGGCGAACCUUCGAUCACAAAAUAUAUUUAGUACGAAAAGAAAGAGCCCAAGAAGUUUGUCGCCCAUGCAUUCGCCUUCAUCGAGAAAAAAGAGCUCGUCUCCCAAGCCCCAGCAUCAAUCAAGAAAGCCACGCUCGCGCGUCUCAACGUAUUCGGCCUUGAAACACAAGCAUCCAAUAUGGCGUCAAGGGUGAGAAAUAUCUGGAUGUCGCUAGCCGAAGCUACAGAAGACUCUCGACGCCCAUCGACGACUUCCGAUGACAUCAGCAACCGCGUUACACUUCUCCUAGACGAGGUCAGGACGACAAUACUUACUUUCACCGAGAACGGAAGGGUCGAGAUCGCGUGUAAUCUCGUCAUCAGGUUGCAGCAACUGUCUUACGGCGAGAGGGACUCUGAUCCAGUCGCCGAUGACCUGCUGAUUGAGCUUGCGAACGAGAGAAAGGCGGCAAGUGAAGAGUGGGAUUUGGUCUCUGAAUUGCGGGACCUGGAGGAGCGACAUGACUACUUGAAGGGGUAUGGAAUCGAGACGUAUUCCCCAAAGUUGAUCUCGAUGUGCAAGAUGUGGGGAACAAAAGGGAUACCUUGAGCUUGGCAGACAACAUUGAAGCCAUAAUGCAGCAGACCACUUGCAACACAUCCUUCCCCAUGACCGCAACAUAAUCAUUCGGCAAACUUCUUGUUUGCUGGCAGUAAUCUCGUUGCUUUUCCUGUCCAGUACUUCGCAUCUAACCUAACCUUCUAGUCGUGGUAUCGCUCGCUAAAUCGCAUGCAAGAAAACACAAACUCUCUCCUCGUCAGCCUUCCCACUCGUCUACUCCCGCGCCCUCUCCUUCCCCUUUCCCUUCGAACUCCUCAUAACCAUCGCAUCAGCAUCCUCCUCCUGCACACUCUCCACAGUCG